AUGAGGCCGUCACAGCUGCUCGCCGCCGUUCUGGCCAUGUCAUCUGUCUCGGUGGCCCUGACGGAUGCUUUUGACAACAUACACGCCCUAGCAGACGUCAAGGACGUACUCUUCGGACGACAAGACAACAACAAUAAUAACAACAAUAACAACAACAACAAUGACAACAAAGCCACCUCAGAAGCACCGAAGAGCUCAGAAGCACAGCGAUCGUCAGCUACGCCUGCACCCACGAAAUCGGACAACAACAAGGACAACAAUGAUGAUAAAAAAUCCACAACUGAAAAGGCAGCGAGUGGCUCAGGGAAGGAGUCGGGCAAGGGUACCAAGACUACCGGAAAGCCCAAGGAGACAAGUUUCGACGCCCGCUUGCCCGCUGGUGGGCUCUCCAUGGUCACCCCAGACGCCGUCGCAGGCCAGCCAUUCUACAAAGUGGGCGACUGGAUAACCUUCGCCUGGAACUACACUUCGGUGUCCGUAACACCGUCAGUCAUUGAUGUCCUCGCAUCGUGCACUGCAAAUCAAGCCACCUAUACCAUCGCCGUCAACAUAUCGGCGUCUCAAACCAAAGUACUGUGGGACACGAAGAACACACCAGACGGCCAGGCACCAUUUCUUACGGAGAAGUACACACUGAUAGUCUACGAUGCCGACUUGAGUGUCAGCGCCGUUCCUAAGCCAGGCCAUUUCGGUUCUUUUACCGGCUUCACCUUCGGCAUGUACACACCGCAGCCGGCCGUAGCAUUGGGUGAUUUCAGAUGCGCAAAUUGCAACAGCGCCCUGUCCCAGUUCGAAAGGAUGACUUUCACAGCCCUCCUCAUGACCACUGGUACCACCAUCGGCUCGCUCCUCUACUUUAGCCACGCUUUCGGCUUAUUGUAA